AUGUCCAAACUUGACCUCCUCCACCUCCGUAUCGGUCCUUAUCGUAUCCAAGACGUCACCGCCAUUUUCCUCCUCGCGGCCCUCGGCGCCUCUCUCGUCGUCCGCUUCCUUCAAAGGAAAUCGCAAGCAUCUACUCGACCAUCGACGCCGGAUCUUGAGCAGAAAUCGCCCGAGAGGAAACCAGGAGGUUAUCUACCUCCCUCUACUACUAGAUAUACCAUCAAGCUAACCUUGUCAUAUAAUCCAGAAUGGAUCCCCUCCGACUUCAAACGCCCUCCUGCAUCGCCGUAUCCAGACUGGGACGUGCACACCACCAAGCCCAUCCCAUACCGGCCGUUUCGAUACGGGCCGUGA